AUUUAUCUGUGAAUUAAGCUUACAAAAACAACAUACUUUCAACACUCUAGAACAUAACUUGUACCUUUAUAUAACCUCACUUUGGUGUUGCUUCUACUGCAGCAUAAUUACACACACAAAUUGUAGUGUAUAAGAUUUUACAUUGAAAUUUUGAGAUGGGGAAUGUAGGAGAGAUAGUGAAUGUGGAAGCAGAGUCAUUGGCAUUGAAUUCAACUUCAGCUUCAUCACAAGUAAUGCCUCUACCUCUACUUUCACUGAAUCAUGUCUCUUUUGUAUGUAGAAGUGUACAAGAGUCUGUCAAAUUCUAUGAGAAUGUCCUCGGAUUUGUGCUUAUUAAAAGGCCAUCUUCUUUCAAAUUUGAAGGGGCUUGGUUAUUCAAUUAUGGCAUUGGCAUUCACCUACUAGAGUCAGAUAAAGUUGCAGCAAAAAGAGGAGAAAUAAACCCCAAAGAAAAUCACAUAUCUUUUCAGUCCUCAGACAUGAAACUUAUAAUGAAGAAUCUUGAUGCAAUGAAAAUUGAGUAUGUGACAGCAGUUGUGGAGGAUAGUGGAAUUCAGGUUGAUCAACUAUUCUUUCAUGAUCCAGAUGGAUAUAUGAUUGAAAUAUGCAAUUGCCAAAAUCUCCCUGUGCUUCCUAUUUCCACCUGCCCUCUCAAAAAUCAACCACCACCAUUUUAUGGAAAAGGAAACAACUGCUCUGCUGAAGAUGCUUUGUUGAUGAUGGAGAAUUUGGUGAUAGAUUUGUUAAGGAUCUCAAUAUGAGGAUUUUCUUGGGAUGGCUCAAUCAUUUUGUACUAUAAAAUUUGUGUGAAAGCAUUUUUUUUCCAAAGAGGGAAUAAUAGAAAGAAAGUACAAGAGUCAAUGUUAUAAGCAAUAAAGCAAAACAAUUGCUAGAAAUUACCUAUGAAGCACGGCGUGUUGCGGUGACCAACACAUAUAAUUAGUUAAUUACGAUGAAUCAUGUCAUUUUUUCAAA